ACUGAGUUCAAAUCAAUCUCGUCUUCGACAUGAGCAGCGUCGAGAAACUUCUUAGACAAGGACAUGUAAAUCAAGAUGAUUUGCUAACUGAGAGAGCAGACAAUCUUCUCAAUGAAAAUAUCAAUCCGGAACAUACAACAAUUGGAGAUACCAAAGGGAAGAAGGAAGAAAAGAAAACUCCAAAUACAAUUAGAGUUAGAAGAACAAUGGUGAUUACGGAUCAUGGAGCUGUUCUUCACGUGUUCUUCCCAAUCAUUGCAUUCGGUGCUUCUCUUCUUCUGUUCAUCCAAGUCCUCAUUGCUAUUGCAGCCGUCUACUAUGGCUCUUAAUGAACUUAUGACAUAUUUAAAUGUAUCAAUAAAUCAAUUUAGUUUU